UUAAUUCUUCACACCCACCCUUAAAUCUUCCUGCAACUCCGACAAUACUCAAACCGCUUAUUCACUGUACUUUCUUUUCAUCUCCUCCUUCUGAGAGAAACCUAAGCCAAAGAGAGACUGAUCGAUUGAAACCAUCCGAAGAUGAACAAGCUGCUGUUUGCGAUCCUCAUGUGCUCCUUCCUUCUCAGCUCCACUUUCAUGGAGCCUGUCAUGGCCAGCUCAGUGUAUUGUACGAAGAAGUGCAACGAGAGAUGCGGGAAGGCGGGAGUGAAGGACCGGUGCCUGAAAUACUGCAACAUCUGCUGCGCCGAGUGCAAGUGCGUCCCCUCUGGCACCUACGGCAACAAGCACCAGUGCCCUUGCUACCGCGACAAGAAGAACUCCAAGGGCAAGCCCAAAUGCCCUUAAUUAAACCCACAUACAGCUCGCCCACCCGUGCAGAUCAAGCUUCCCGAACCGUGGCAUCCUCGGAUUUACAGAGUCUUAGUAGUUAUGGCUCUAAAAGAAAAAGAAAAAAAAACAUAUAUAUAGAAGAAGAAGAUUAGAGUGAGGAUACUAGAAUGUACUACCGUUAAUAAAUUACUUCAAGGAUUUUUGCUGGUCCUUGAACUGAAUUAUGUGGGCUUUAUGGCUUUGAUGUGUCGUAUAUUAGGAUUAUUAGAGAUGGUGGUGUCAUGUUUGUGCUACAUCGAUCGGUCAUUGAAAAGAAUUUUAAAUAAAUGGAUUAUUCCUGUUUAUCCGUCAA